AUGGGCACCCUUCAGGCCACCAUGGUCCAUGAGCUCAGCUGCAAUCUUGAGCUUUACCAAAGGGCCUCAACUCCCACGGCUCUCUCUUCCCUAGACCCCGCCAUCGAGAAGUCCCCAUUUGGAUCCUUCUUACUUUCUACGAUGCCUUCCGUUCUUGCUGUCUUGAACAAUAACCCUGACCACGAAAAAAAAAAACUCAAAGACGGGCACCAAACUUGGACUCGAUCCUCAAGCAUCGUCGGCCCUGGCACCAUGAUCUUCAGUCUCCCACCACAGCGAGAGGACAUUGAUGUGACCUGUUGCGACAAACUUCUCACAUUGGGAUAUCUGGGAACAGUAGGUCUACUAGAGAACUCGGGAGUAAUCGGACACAUGGUGGGUGGAGGAAUUCGCAGGGGAAAAUAG